UCCGCACGCAACAGACAUGAAGGUUCUCAUUGUUGUUGCACUGGCAGCUGCCGCCGUCGGCCAGCAGUUCCAGCAGCAAAGGCAGUAUGACACUGCCGUCCGCCUUGCCACUCCCGGAUACUUCCAACAGGGCGGAAGCUUCACCUCAGCUUCCCUCCGCAACACCAAUGGCCAACUGCAAGGCGAUUCCUUCCAGAACUCUUUCCAAACUGCCACCUCAGACAGCAACAGCUUCCGUCAGUCUGGACUCUUCCAGAACAGCAACCAGCUCCAAAGUAAUGCCUUCCAGCAGAAUAGUGGAAGUUCAUUCCAGAACUCAAACACUCAAUCUGGCAACAACUUCUUCCGAUCAGGUUCCAGUCAAAUUGGUUCCGAUAAUCGAUUCCAGACUAACACUAAUCAGAUUAAUUCUGGAAACCGAUUCCAGUCCAGCUUCAACAACCAGGAUUCCAACAACCGAUUCCAGUCCACCUUCAACAACCAGGAUUCCAACAACAGAUUCCAGUCAAGCUUCGACAACCAGGAUUCCAACAACAGAUUCCAGUCUACCUUCAACAAUCAGAAUUCCAACAACAGAUUCCAGUCCACCUUCGACAACCAGAAUUCCAAAAAUCGAUUCCAGUCCACCUUCAACAACCAGAAUUCCAACAACCGAUUCCAGUCAAGCUUCGACAACCAGGAUUCCAACAACAGAUUCCAGUCUACCUCUAACAACCGUUUCCAAUCCACUUUCAACAACCAGGAUUCCAACAACCAAUUCCAGUCCACCUUCAACAACCAGGAUUCCAAAAACCAAUUCCAGUCCACCUUCAACAACCAGGAUUCCAAAAACCAAUUCCAGUCCACCUUUAACAACCAGGAUUCCAGCAACCGCUUCUCUCAGAACUCUCAGGCCAGUUCCUUCCUCCGAUCCGGUUCGUCGUUCGAUUCCUCCAGUGACUCCGUCAGCGGAGUCUUCGAGCCUCUGAACCUUCCCUCCGGCGCCAGUGCCUUACUGGGAGGCAUCACGAGCUCUUUCAGCUGCCUCGACCGUCCCUACGGCUACUACGCUGACCAGGACAACUCAUGCCGUGUCUUCCACGUGUGCAACCCGACACUCUUUUCCAACGGCGCCGUCGAAACCUACCAGUACAGCUUCAUGUGCGGCGAGGGUUCCGUGUUCGACCAGAAGGAGCUGGCUUGCGUAGCGGAAUCGUCCGCCAUCUCCUGCCAGGAAUCCUCCAACUACUUCUACACCAACGAGCAGUUUGGACGCCCUGAAGAUAAAUCAUUUUAAGAGAAUCGAAGACUGACCUUUACAAAGACGGAUUAUUUUGUUCGUGAUCUGCUGUAUAAGCAGGGAGUUUAUUUGAAUCUUCAUUAGAUGAAGUGUAAUUUCUAAUAAAUUAACCAAAGAAA